UCACGUGCAAGGAGUUGAGAGAACGUGUGUGAGGUAGGCCUGGAAAUCGGCAAAACAACAUCGAAUUUUAUCAAAAAUAACUAUUUUAAUCGGAAAACAAGUCCUGAAUAGUCUGUUUUCGAUUUGUAAUCGUCUGGCUGUUUCACAUUGAGGAGCAAAGAUGAGCUACGGAAGGCCGCCGCCCGAUGUCGAGGGUAUGACCUCGCUCAAAGUGGACAAUCUCACCUACCGAACUUCUCCCGAGACUCUACGACGAGUUUUCGAGAAGUACGGCCGGGUGGGAGACGUGUACAUCCCCCGCGAUCGGUACACCAAGGAGAGCCGCGGGUUCGCUUUCGUGCGGUUCCACGAUAACCGCGACGCUGAAGACGCGAUGGACGCCAUGGACGGGGCCUUGCUUGACGGGCGGGAACUGCGAGUCCAGAUGGCGCGCUAUGGCCGUCCACCAGACUCUCACUUCGGGCGCCGAGGCGGCGGUGGACCUCCAAGGAGGCACGGAGGCUAUGGUCGCAGGAGCAGGAGUCGUUCGGCCAGCCCCCGUCGGCGCAGACGCAGUCGUUCCCGGAGCAGGAGCCGCUCCCGUGGCCGUGACUACAGCCGCUCCCGGUCUCGUUCCGACUCUAGAUCCCGUUCCAAGUCCCGCACCUCCCGCAAGAGCAAGUCCCCAUCUCGAUCGAGGUCCCGUGGUGCUUCCAGGUCCCGCUCCCGCAGCCCGGCUUCCAACAGAGGCUCCAAAUCCAGGUCGCGGUCCAAGAGCAGGCCCAAGUCCCCCGAGGACAACGGAACUGACUCUUAGUAACAACAGCUCCAGCCCGGAGCCAUUAAAACGCUGCGGUCCUCUUGUCAAACAGAGAGGUGGGGGUGUGGCAGAGAUGGCAGUGUGAGAGCAGUUAGUGUGGUGUGACGCGACCCGCCCAUGUGACCUGCCUGUUGCUGAGUUGGUGGGUGCGAUGGCGGUUGCUAUGGAGCAGGUCGUCAAUGGCGACGCGUGGUCCGUGCUGUCAGUUGGUGAGGUGUGAGGUGGUGGUGAGGUACGGAACUUUCACAGGACCACAGACAGAAUUCUGCUGGCUGUACCGCUGUGUCUGUGGUCUCACUGGUGAAGGAGGGAGGACCCCAAGGUUUGUUGUCCAAUAAAUGCCUGAGUAAAAAUAAGCAAACAAUUGUGAUAUUGAGCGGUUGCUUUGGGUUGGGGGCCCUUGGAGUGUGAAGACGACGGACGCUGUUACGAACUUAUUUCCUGCCCACAAGGGAAAGGGUCAGUUCUGUACCAGUAACAUGGACAAUUGACAUGUUAAAUCGGCAUUUUAAAAACAAACCGACAAGUUCUCGGUGGAAUGGUCGGAUCUGUACAUUUGACUUUAGAUUGACACAACUAGACAAUCAAACUGUUCUCAAACUAGCAGCGUAUCUUUUGACCGCCACCAACACAGCUUGUCUUUUCUUUCCAGGUGAGAUACGAUGGAGACUUCUUCUCUGCGGACGCCAACCAGAUCAUAAGUCUGCCAGUGGACACCCCUCUAUGCCCCACAGAAUACUGACCAAAAGGUUAUUGUGACUUGGUCUAAAAUGAUUUAUUUGGUUUCAGUUGCCCAGAAAGACUCUACUAUAUAAUUACCAAGGCGAUAUAACUACCAUGACUAGAGUAGAGGACACGUUUAAAGGUUUUGUGAGGUGAAUACUGGAUUUUGUCUUAUUGUUAGUGCUGGUUUGUUGAAUUUUGAUUUGAUCUUGUUAAUAAAACAUUUUAUGGUGAAGUAGCUACAGCUUUUCUCUGUAUUUAGUAGUCUUUUAUUCUCUACAGACAGAUUCUGGUUUGAGUUAAGUGUUUUUUUUUGUUUUUUUUUUGCAGAGUUGAUUUUUAGCAAAGGGAGAGUGAAUAGCCCCUAAAUAUUUUCCAUUAUUUUCUAAGCAAAAACAGUAACAUGUAGAGGGAAGUGAGAAGGAACAAUAAUAAACCAAUAUUGUAUCAAAUGUCACGUGUUAUGUAAUUGGUUAACCUGCAUGGCAGUGUUUGUUUUUGUUUUUUGCCUAACGUAUGUCUGCUAUAUCAUUUUGUUUCUUGCCGUUUCUCUGUUCUAAGUUUGCUUUCCUGUGAAUUCUAACCCUCCUCUCUUGUUAUCUUUUGUGCAUUAGGCGCAGUUGUGUAGCAGUUGAGUAUUGCUGGUUAGCUGUUAAGGUGCGAUGCAGUGCUGAUGGUGAGGUGGCAGUGCAGUGGCUGGCGGGGGUGUUGCGGUACCCUGUGAGUGCCCGGUGCAGUUGUCGCCCGGCGCUCGUCUUGGUGCUACUGCUGCCGUUUGCCUUGUUCUGGUUUGUAAGAGUAUGUGGUGGUAGAUCUGAUCACGCCAUCUCUCCCCCUGUGUUGUUCUCAUAUGGUCUCUUCCCAUUCCUGAUGUACAAAUACACUCCUUUUUCCCAUUCUCUCUCUCCCAACCCUAGCCUGGUGGAACCAGCCUGAUCGCUGCGUUUAACUUGUUCGAUCAAGCUUGUUCCACCAGCCUAUCCCAAACCCCCCUCCAACUGUGGUUUAGUCCCUCUGUUGUGAGCUGGUUGUACAUUGUUGAUGGAAAAGGCUCGAUAGGGGAGGGUUUGAUGAAGGGCAUUCCACUAGCUUAACAAAUGAAUCUGUGGAUUUUGUGUACCCUCGCAAUAUUUCUUGUAACUGCUUUAGGUGAAUGCUAAUAAACAUUUGUGGUUCA